AUGGCUUCCACGUCCUUUGUACAUCAAAUUGCAACCACAUGGACGGCCUUGCCAGAUGGACUAUUCAAUCCUUCCUUGUCCCUAUCCAUACUCAUCACCUUGUCCUUCAUAACAUACAAAUUCGUCGCAAAAACAGACAAACUCAAUUUACCUCCCGGACCCAAGCCCCUCCCAAUAAUCGGCAACGUUCAUCAAAUGUUGCAUCAACGCCCGAUCGAAGUCAUGCACAAGUGGCACCAAGAGUAUGGCACAAUGGUAACCCUUCGGUACGGCCAACAACUAGCAAUCAGCGUUGGUUCCAUUGAUAUUGCCCAAGACCUGUUAGCGAAGCGAGGCGCCAUCUACAGCUCCCGACCGCGCUUCAUCAUCGCAUCUGAACGCAUGACCGUGGGACUAAACUCGGCAAUCAUACCAUACGGCAAGCAAUGGCAGAACCAGCACCGUAUCAUGAGUUCCGUGCUGGAUUCCAGUGCCGUCAAUCGAUACCGCGGGUUGGAAGACCUGGAAAGCAAACAAGCCCUCGUCGAGCUGUUAUCUACCAGUGACUUUGAGGCCACUAUACGCCGUUAUGCUGGUAGCAUCGUCAUGACGCUUGGAUACGGCAUUCGACUGGAAAGCACAGAUAACGACAUACCCGCAAAGCUUCUUGCGCUCAACGCUAAUCCAUUCGAGGCCAUUGGCAAUAGCUAUUACCGGAUGGUGGAACUCUUUCCUAUCCUCGACAAGCUCCCAGGUGUCCUGGCCCCAUGGAAACGCUUCUGUGCCGACGUGGAACGCCAAACCACCGAGUUCCAUAUGAAACAUUUUGAGACAGGCAAGUCAGCGACUACAUGGAACUGGGUCCAAAAUGCGUUACACUCCAACGCUGGGUCACAGAUUUCUUCCAAAGAACUGGCGUACGUCGUAGGAACACUUCAACAAGCCGGUUUCGAAGCUAUCCUUACAGUACUGCGGCUGAUUAUCAAGGCUGUUGUUCUGCACCCACAUUGCUUAGAGGAGGCUCAGCGAGAGCUGGAACAAGUUGUUGGGCCAGACCGGCUUCCCUCGUUUGACGACAUCCCUCACCUGCCAUACAUCAACGCAAUACUGAAUGAGGCUAUGCGCUGGCAACCACCCACCCCCUUUGCCAUACCGCAUGCGAUCACCCAGGACGACGAAUAUAUGGGGUACCAGAUCCCAAAUGGGACAGUCAUUAUUCCUAACAUUUGGGUCAUGUCGUUCAACCCGGAGGUUUUUCCUGAACCACAUGAAUUCAAGCCGGAACGGUGGAUUGAUAAUCCUGAACUCGAACAUAGCCCGUUUGGCUUUGGUCGGAGAAUUUGUCCUGGGAGGCAUUUGGGGUGGAAUAGUAUGUUCAUACUAUUGGCUCGGUUGAUGUGGGCUUACGAUAUCACUCAUGCGUACGAAGAUGGGAAGCGAGUUGAGAUUGAUCCGUGGGAUAUUGAACUGACGUUUACGGCGGCGUCGAGGCCAUUUAAAGCUUCGUUUCAUAUCCGAAGCCCCGAGAAGCAGGUGAUUAUAGAAAGGGAUUGGAAGAAUGUAUGUAAAGAUCCGGUUGAGAUUCUGGAGGAGAUUCAACAGAGGAAAGAUGUCUGGGGUUAA